CGCCGUGAUAACAAAGAAGUCCAAUAACCAUUUCCACGUCAGCUUUUUAAAAUUGUUAUUUAGACGUUCAAUAACACAUACUUAAACCAUGUAGUCUGUAAUUCACGUUGGAGACAAGACUUGGUUGAUAUGUUAUCUAGGUAAAACUAGCUAGCUGCUAACAAUGGCUAACUGUGUGGGUUUUCACACUCAAAUAGCCUCCAUUAUGGAGGUGCUAGCGAAUACAGCUGUAGCUGAGAUCUGUAAACUCGUAGACGACGACUAUGCAGUGUUUCGUUUAGAAGUAACUCAAAGCCAGAAAGAAAACAGGGUAUUGCGGAGGAAACUACAGCUACUGGAACUGAAGGUGUCACGGGAGCGCGCAGAGAGGACAAUGCGAGAUCGCGUCCUCACCAGUCGUCCCAGUAGUGUCAAGAUCGUCGACAGAUACAGAGUAAUGGCAAGAGGUGAAGGACAUGUCACUGGAGGCCACAGGAGCUUUGUGAAGCCAGCGGGACACAAUACAUGGAGAGAUGACCAACCAAUCACUGUUGAUGAGGGGACUGGAACCUCAACCCAGCACGUUAUUGUGAUAGAAUCUGCAGAUGGAGAAGCUGCAGGUCCUGGGGUCAAGCAGGAGAGGUCUGAAGGAGAGGUGGACCCACGGCACAGCAGAGACAUCCAGACUGGAGUGGCAGGAGAGCCCUCUGUAGCCACGGAGGUCACCGCCCCAGCACCUCCCAGGACCAAACGCAGCAUCACGGAGGAGGAGGAGGGUCCAGAGGUGCUGCUGGUGAAGGAGGAGGGGUGUGAGGAGGGUCUGGGGAACCCUGAGGGGACCAUGGCCGUAGAGUACAACCAGACGACACCUCCUCCUGAACCCACAGAGCAACCAGCUGAGCAGCACAGGACCACACACAGUCUCACUGAGUCAGUAGACAUGGAGGAUGGGAAGCCUGGUCUGCUGCUAGUCAAAAAGGAGACCAUACAAGACAGACCAGAGAGCAUUGAUCUGCUUAGUGGACUAAAGAUGGGGGUGCCAAGUGGUUGGCUGGAGGCUAACAGAGGAGACUGGGCGGCCAUCUUUGAUUCCCAUACCCAGACGGGUGCAGCCAAGGGCCUGGGGGAGGAUAUCACUGAGCAGGCCAGGAUUACUGGUGACAUAGUGGAGGUUAUUGGAUGGGACAGCGUCUUCAACUCUGGGCUGGGGAACAACACUGUUAACCACAACCAGAAACAGACAGUUGAACACAGAACAAUGACCGAACAAAGUCUCCAUGACAACAGACUGGCAGAGACCAGGGCAAGGCGUAGAUUUGAUCUACAGGGACGGGGAGGUGUCCAUAUGCAGCGGGAGAGAACAGACACAGAUUUGGCUAGCUAUGCUCCGUCCUGCUCCUAUAGUUGUGAUUCAGAGAGACUGAUGGUGCCUCAGGUUAACCCCCUAACAGUUGCUGCCUUCAGCCUGCCUUCUAUAGGAUCUAUCAACUGGAACAUGGACCCUGCAACAACACAGACACUGCCUGACCUUCGUCCUCCUCUCCUUAUGUUAAACCAGACUUCAGACAAUGUCAGUCCCUCAACAAUAAAUGGCUAUACAAUCCCAUUAACAAAUUACAGUAGUAGCGCUAUCAGCAGAUCUAAUGGCAAAGAUAAGCGCUUCUCUUGUUCAUUCUGUGGGAAAGCCUUCAGUUUCCCCAAACAGGUGGAGAUCCAUAAGAGGAUGCACACAGGGGAGAAACCAUUUGGCUGUACCCAUUGUCAGAUGCGCUUUGCUGAAGCUUGUCACCUGAAGAGGCACCAGAGGGUCCACACAGGGGAGAAACCUUUCAGCUGCCACCUGUGCCGGGUCAGUUUCUCCCACUCGUCCAGCUUGAAGAGGCACCAGAGGGUCCACACAGGGGAGAAACCAAAUAGUUGCCCCCAGUGUGACAAAAGGUUCUCCCACCAGCACCAUCUGAAGAUGCACUUGAAGGUCCACACGGGAGAGGGGCCAAUCACCUGUACGCAAUGAGUUUCUCAGAGAGGAGCUAUCUCAGGAAAGACCAGCAGAAAAUGCACAUGGCCCAUGUAUAGUAACAUGUUAUGUAGUACUAGAUAGUUUGUUUGUAGUUAAUUCUGUUGGUUAUGGAUGUAGUAGGGAACUGGAUGAGUUGAACUGAGGAAAGAAUGAGUAUGAUGAGGCAUGGUUGGUGUGAUGGCGUCUGUAAAAAUGCUUCUCUGAUGAAAGGUGACAACCUUGUCCUGUUAUAAUGAGGAAAUGAUAGUGCCUUAAUUCAUGUUUACUUGACACGAAGAUGAGUAAUGUAAUGUUGAACCUUUUCCGAAGUAUGUUUUCAAGCGAGGGUACCAAAUGUACAGGAAGGCAGAGGCUACGAAUAUGGAGUUUUCAUCCCCGCUUCACCCCUCUGGAAAGGUCUUUCUCAAAUCUAAGGAUCCAAAUUACAUUCUGCGCAUGUGUUAUUUACUCAUGUUCACGGUUCUCUAUUUAGUCACCCUCUUCUUGACACGAAACCAAUUUGAGCGAUAUGAUAAUCUAUCCGGCCUUUGCCUCAUAUGUCUGAACAGAUGCGAUUUGAAUGAACUUUCCAAAAAUAUGUAUGAAGGCUACAACCUUCUCUGUCUUGUGUAAUGGAUAUUGCUGUAGCAAUAGUCUCAGACAAGACAGUCUACACAUUGCAUUGGGACAAAACAAUUUGCGUUUGAUGUGAUGCUAUAAUCUUUAUAGUUUAUGCUGCCAUAUAACCCCGGAGUCUGCCUCCUGUUUAGCCAUUGUUUGUAAUGAUGAUGAAAGAGGAACAUUGCUCGACGACUGUUAAAGACAAAUAACUGAUUGUUCUAACUGUUUUGUGUACAAGCGGCAGUGGAGUCACAGAAUGACUCAGCACUGAGCAGCAACUGAAAUGAGAAGGCUAGUAGAUCCCUGCAUGCGCAGAAAUCUCUGUAUUUGUGCAGUAAAAGUACUGUACUUCACGCUAUGCAUGUGUAUGAUCAUUAUUGAUCAGUAUUAUUAGUUACUUGAAUCACAGUGUUAGAGAUGGGCUUGACUGUGAUUAAAAACAUUUUGUUUCUGUG